UCAAGAACAGGGACGUCGCAAACACCGCACCCGGCUGAGUUUACGGCGACAGUUUUCGAUUGGAUGCGCAACAUGGACAAUCAUCACGAGCAGCAACAACAAAUUCCUCUAAAGCGACUUAACACGGUGGAUGAAAACCUGAGGCGCCAAGAGCUUCGUGUAGUUUUCGAAAAGUACGAUACCGAUGGAAACCGUUAUUUAUCCCGGUUUGAGCUUCGGCGAUUGAUAAAAGAUAAAAAAUGCCCAGACAUACCGAAAGAAGUGAUACGGGAGGUGCUGCACAAUUCGGAUGAAAACGACGAUGGCCACUUAGAUUUCGAAGAGUUUUUCAAAUUAAGUACCAACCAUCCGUACCUCUUCCGCGACUUCUGUACCCGGUAUUGUCGCGUAAUUGUACCAAGACGUACUCCAGAUGACGAUUAUGAAAGUAACAUGAAAGUAUGGCCACCGCCAUUGGCGAUGAUAAUUUUCUCCGUUAUGGAAAUCAUAUUUUUCGUUGUCGAUAUCGUAAAGACAGAGAACCAGAAUGGUGCAAGUACUCAUGGUCCUAUGGCGUCAUCAUUCGUCUAUAAUCCGAACUUACGUUACGAGGUGUGGCGCUUUCUGACGUACAUGUUUGUACAUACUGGGUUAAUGCACCUGAUAAUAAACCUGGUAUUUCAAAUUUUUCUUGGCGUUGCUCUGGAAUUGGUACACUGCUGGUGGCGAGUGACGUUAGUUUAUUUGGCGGGCGUGGUGGCCGGAUCCAUAGGCACAUCGCUCUUCACACCUCGAGUUUUCCUGGCCGGUGCAUCUGGAGGUGUGUACGCACUCAUUACUGCCCAUAUCGCCACUAUCAUCAUGAACUGGAGCCAGAUGCAGUAUGCCAUCUUGCAGCUGUAUGUGUUUUUGGCGUUCUGCAUCACGGAUCUAGGAACCUCUAUCUAUAACAGCAUUCACGAUCCUUUUAACAAAGUUGGUUACGUAGCACAUGCCAGCGGGGCACUGGCCGGAUUCUUUGUGGGCAUUGGAGUGCUACGCAACCUGAAGGUGGUACCAUGGGAACGCAAGCUCUGGUGGUGUGCCGUAACGAUCUACUUCAUGCUCAUGGGUGCGGGAAUAAUGACUCACUUUUUGAACCCUGAUCACUUCAAAUAACAUUUGUUCGAUAUGUGAUAUCGAUAUACACCAAAUCAAUUUCGCGAUGAGGCCGCAAUCAAUGUUCAAAGAUAUCAGACAUUCCGAAAGACUUUAACAAGAUUGAAUAGCAUACCCAUGCCAGCUGCAAAUGCUUCAAACAAGGGCCUUUCGAGAUCACUUUUUAACGAAUUUUUAAGCCUAUUUACUUAAUGAUUGAACAAACUUCCAGACAGUUUCCUUUUCAAAUGUUUAUGCUUAAAAUGGCGCGUUUUGGCCUAGUGUUUUUACAAUAUGGCCUAGUGUUUUUACAGUAUUUGAAGAAAUAAGAAACUUUUUGUGUAUUUUUACACUUUUUACUA